CCCAAAUUUUAUAUAAUUCUCUCCUCUCUGAAUCGGGUCGAAGGCAUUAUUAGGGUUUUGAAUCUCUUUCUCUCUCUCUCUCGAGGAUUUUUCUUCAUCAAUUGGUUUCUGAAUCCUGAUAAAAAUUUGUUCUUUAAGUUCCGGCAAGUUCGUUUUGUGGGUUUUUAAGCUUCGCUUCAAUCUUUCAUCUCCCUGAUCGAGAACCAUGACUGAGUAUUGGGUUAGCCAAGGGAACAAAUGGUGCGACUUCUGUAAGAUCUGGAUACAGAACAAUCCAACAAGUAUUAGAAACCAUGAGCUUGGUAAGCGUCACCGAGAAUGUGUCGAUAAGAAGCUCACUGAUAUGCGUGAGAAGAGUGCAGCCAAAGAUAAAGAGCUCAAGAAAAACGAAAAAUUGCUUCAACAGAUCGAAGCUAAAGCAACUCGUAGCUAUCAGAAAGAUAUAGCAACUGCUCAGCAAGUAGCAAAAGCAAACGGUGCACCAGAGGAUGGUACAGCGGGUUGGAUGCUUGACAGUGCUUCAGGCUAUUAUUACAACCAGACCAAUGGUUUGCACUAUGAUUCAAAGUCUGGGUUCUAUUACAGUGAUUCAAUAGGCCAUUGGGUGACACAAGACGAGGCAUACGCUGCGGUUAAAACAUCAUCUGAUAAAGGAACUAAAGUACCUCUGGUUAAAAAGCCUAUGGUACCUUCUUCAGAAGCUGGACCAAGUUUGGUGAAACCACCUGGCCGCCUUGUCUCAGCUUCAUUAAACCCUAAAAGAGCUGUGAAAGGAGCUCCUUCAUCUGUUGAUCUUGGCAACAACAAGAGAAAGAGACAAGAUGAGAAACCGAAGAAAGUAUCCGCAGAAGAGAAAGCUGCAUUGAGGGCGAGAGAAGCUGCUAGGAAACGAGUUGACGAAAGAGAAAAACCAUUGCUCGGUCUUUACAAUAGACCUUUUUGAUGCAUCACUCGGUAGAAGGGAGGCUAAGCUGAGAAGAGUUAUGAUUGAUCACAUUGUGGUGGUUAUUUCGUUUAUCCCUGCAUAACGUUUAUUCAAAUACUCUCUGGUAACUCUCGGAGGGAUUUGUCUUGUGUUCUUUUAACUGUUGUUCCAAUCAAAUCAAUUCCAUCUUUUUUUUUUUUUCAUUUAUCAAUUCCAUCUUUGUACAAAUAUAUUCAAUUUUUUUUUGUUUAAGUGAUGGAGUGGAAAUCCCCACAUUUUACCAGAA